CACACGUGAACGCGCCCGCAUGUUGCGUGGUUGUGCGUGGCGCACGGCGGCGGUCAGCGGGUCACUUCUUACAGCGUGCGGGCUAUAAAAGGAGGGAGUGGCGACCGGCUUAAGCCCACUUGGAGAACGACAAGCCCCCAGCACGCACACCGACUCUCGCAAUUAGAACAUGAUUAGCGCUUUAGUGGCUCCACCAAUGCUGGGCGCGACUGCAUGCCGCACGCCCGCGGAGGGUGGUCCGGCCAGGAAGGACUUGGUGUCCGCCUCGUGGAUGGAUCUUCUUUGCUUCCUGAUGAUCCGCUUCAAGAAGUUACAAGCUGACAGUUGUUAAUGUCACUCGACCACCUGGAGGGUCACCGCCGCCUCAGAUGCACAGAACUCCUUCUCAGUGACCAGUCGGUGCACCAUGAGAGAGAGCAGCCUGUCCCCAAAGGACUGAUUCAUUUCCUGUCAGUCCCAUGUCGAGCGUCUAGCUGCGUGCUUCCUCGUGGAUGAUAUUUGUCAACCUGGCAUUAAUCGCACGGGAAGCGGGACAAUCCGCCUCCAUGGGCUUCGACAACGACACCAACCAGACGCUCCCAGGGGUGAGCCCCUUGAGCCUGCACAUCUUCCUGCCCCUCACGGCCCUGGUGAGCAUCAUAAUCCUGCUCACUGUGUUUGGAAACGUACUGGUGGUCAUAGCUGUGUUUACAAGCCGGGCUCUGAGGGCGCCACAGAACCUGUUCCUGGUGUCCCUGGCGUCGGCGGACAUUUUAGUGGCUACCCUGGUGAUGCCCUUCUCCUUGGCCAAUGAGAUCAUGGGAUAUUGGUACUUUGGGGAGGUGUGGUGCGAGAUCUAUCUGGCCCUAGAUGUUCUUUUCUGCACCGCCUCCAUCGCACACCUCUGUGCUAUCAGCUUGGACCGCUACUGGUCCAUCACGCAGGCCAUCGAGUACAACCUGAAGAGGACGCCGCGCCGCAUCAAGUGCAUCAUCUUCAUCGUUUGGGUCAUUGCAGCUGUUAUCUCCUUCCCGCCUCUAAUCACCAUGGAGAAGGAAAACAGCAAGGAGGACCCAGCUUGCAAGAUCAACAACGACAAGUGGUACGUCAUCUCCUCCUGCAUCGGCUCCUUCUUCCUCCCCUGUGUCAUCAUGGUGCUGGUCUACGUCAGGAUCUACCAGAUUGCCAAAAAGAGGACAAGGGUGCCACCGGGGGAGCGGAAGCGGAUGGACAAGUCGAAUACUAUCGCAGCCUCCAACCAGAAGGAGAAUGGGGUGGCCGCAGGUGAGGCGGAGAAACUUAAGGAGCAUGAGGACAUCGAGCUGAAGGAAGGCGUCGCGGGCAAAGAAGGCGAGGUCAACGGCGUGGAGAUUGAGGAGUCGUCCUCUUCUGACCACAAAGUCAACAAUCCAUGCUCUAUGAAAAAGAAAGCCGCCAAGGGCAGAAGCAAAAUCAAGCCAGGAGACAGCGAUGUGCAGAAGAAAAGCUGCAGAGGAAGCCGGUGGAAGGGCCGGCAGAACCGUGAGAAACGCUUCACCUUCGUCCUGGCGGUGGUCAUCGGAGUGUUCGUCAUCUGCUGGUUGCCCUUCUUCUUCACGUACAUGCUGAUGACGCUGUGCGACUCGUGCCCCGUCCCAGACACCCUCUUCAAGUUCUUCUUCUGGUUCGGCUAUUGCAACAGUGCGCUGAACCCGAUCAUCUACACCAUCUUUAACAAUGACUUCCGCAGGUCCUUCAAGAAGAUACUGUGCAAGAGGGACCCUAGACGAUAUGGAUGAUGGACCGCAACGCUUAUAAAUACCUUUGUUCAACAUUUUCCACGCAGAAGUGAUAAGAUAAAUACGUUAAUAUGCUUUUGGUGCGACUCCUUGGGGAGCAGUGGCAUAGCGUUGGUUGCCAGCACCCAGGCAAAUAUACUGGGCCUGUGGCAUGGCUCACUUCCACCAGUCCAGUAGUGACUCUUUUGGGCCACCGUCAUUGAAGGUCACGUUCGGGAAUGCGGUGAGCCAAAACACGUCCGGGAUGUGUAUAUUUAACAAAGCGCAUUAUGUUUGUUUGUGGCAGCGCCCAUUACUGCUGUCCAUUUUCAUCAGUCUGAGAAAACUGAGAAAUGAUUUCAGUCAAGGUCUCAAAGACCUCAUCGCUGGCUAGCAUCACGACUGUCUUACAUGUGUCGGGGAGGGGGGCGCGAAGUGCGUUUAGGAAACCGAAGUUGGCCAGCUAACCGGUGACUGGAAAAAAUCCGAUCUGUACUUCUUCUAUUACUGUACAAUAUAUAUUUUUCUCCUUUUCAAAUUUUGUGGUCCCCCACCCCAUAUAUUUUCAUCCAAAGAGACCGCGCCCCUGUUCCUCUCCGCCACGCUACGCCACUACUGGAGGGGCUUUUGCAAACCGAGCUUUACAUACAAUAUUAGCUUGAUUUGAAAAGCAUCUACCACAGCAGCUUCAGCACAGACCUUGAAAACACAGGGGAGGUCUCAGCAGUACAUUUAUUGUAAAUGUAAUUAGUAUUACUAUUAUUUUUUUUUUAUAAAGCAUCUAAGUCAAUGGUAUUGUUUUAUUUUGCUAUAAUUUGAUGUACAAAACCUGUCUGAAUAUUGCUAUGAAUACUGUAUUGUGGCAAAUUUUGGACAAUAUGAAAACUGUCUGGAAUGGGGUUGAUGAUGGUGAUCAAAAUAUGAGGAAAAUGGCGGCACUUGAAUCAAACCCAUUCCCUGAAACUGUUUUCAGGCUCCACAUUAACUCGUGGUAUCAAUAUGGCGAUGUCAUCUCACAUUAACGGAUGUACGAACACGCACGCACGCACACACACACGCACGCGCAGAGUCCGAAUUUAUUCCAAUAACUGAUGCGACAGUGGAAAGGAAGCUGGGAUUUUAUUUCAAUCAUGUGUGGUAAAGAAGAAGUCCACUUUAAUAAACGAAUGUAAAUUAGCAACCAUGAGUGACCUUUCUGCCAAAAUCUAAGAGAAAAAAGUAGAUCACCAUUGAGUCUGACCUUUACAAGCAAUUAAAAAAAAAGAGCCUUCUUAAUGAGCCUGAAUUCAACAUGUGUAAAUAUUUUCUGGGCCUGAAUUAAUCAUGUCUGGAUUAGAUAGCGGUUGUUUUGUUUCAUAUUGCUUAUUCUCCACAGUAAAUAAAAUUUCUCAUUAUC